UCUAACCUUUUAUCUGAAAUAAAACAUCAAAACAAUUGUCGACAGUUUGUUAAGUUUUUAAUUAUUGUUGGCUAAUAAUUAAAUUUAAGUUAAUUAAUAAUGGCUGAUUGUGGUGAUCAAGAUAAUGUAGAACGUACUGAUGCUGAUAAUACUAAAAGUGAUAAAUUAUUUACAUUAAAAAAAUGGAAUGCAGUUGCAAUGUGGAGCUGGGAUGUCGAGUGUGAUACUUGUGCCAUUUGUCGUGUCCAAGUUAUGGAUGCUUGUCUUCGUUGUCAAGCUGAGAGUAAAAAAGAUUUCAUUGGAAAACAAGAUUGCGUUGUUGUAUGGGGCGAAUGUAAUCAUUCCUUUCAUUAUUGCUGCAUGUCACUUUGGGUUAAACAAAAUAAUCGUUGUCCACUUUGUCAACAAGAAUGGUCAAUUCAACGUAUGGGAAAAUAAUUAUCCAUCAAUUCAAAUUAACUACCUGUUAAAGUUGGAAAAGAAAACAAAUUCCAAAAAAAAAAUGAAUGAUUUUUUAUGAAAAACAUUUUCAUUUUAAUCAUUUUUUUCUGUACUUUUUACUUUCAUUAAAAAUUGUUUAUAACUGUAUAAGAAAAAACGAAAAAACAUUGUUCAUUAAUUAAUUAAAAAUAAACAAAAAAAUUUAUACAAUAUAAAAUAGAAAA